GCGUGUAACUCACCUCCAGCACCACUUGGUGUCGUUGGUGACGCCACAAGCUCAAAGCCAUCUAUGGGAACUCCGGAGAGAGGCUCUCCACUGCCGACAUCAGUAACCCGACUUUGGAGACCAGCGGCGCAGAGAAACCUGAGAAACCAGUGGUCAAAGUUAGCAUCUUGUAGAAGUGAAUGGUUCUCUUGCUCUUCUGCUGCCAGAUCACACGCUACUUCUCUUGUUAACGCUUUUCUCUCUCAAAAAUAUGUGCCUUCAAUGGAGCUUGGGAUCCUAAAUGAAAUGCCUGAUAUUAGAAAUAAAGCUUGUUCUAAAUUGUUUAAACAGCAGGAGCUUCAUCAGAGGAAACUUUUAUCAUCUUACAAGGACAUGGUGGCUGUUGUAACUCGAAUGGUGAAUGUCAGUAGAUUAAUGAGAUGCUAUGUCAAAGGACCAAGCAGUAGUCCCAUUUUGCAGUUCUCUACAAGUUCUGAGAAUAAUGAUGACAAUGGUGAUGGUGCAGGAAUCCCUGUCUUUGCAUUUUGGUCUAUUUCAUAUUUUGAGCAAUUAGCAGAGGAGCUUGUUCAAAUGUUUACAUCUGAGCUGAAUUUGAAGAGAUUGCUUGUAGCAGAGUUACUUACCCUCAGCUGCGAAGGCCCACAACUCAAUGAAUUAUGUUGGUCAUAUGAGCUGUAUCCUGGAGAAUUUAAUGAUUUGAGCAUUUGCAACUUAUAUUCGAUAGAAACUUGUAAACCAGUACCCCCUGGACUGGUGGGAAGGAAGUAUGAAAUGCCUACCAUGCAAUUCAAGAAUCAACCAAACCGCGAAGUUUUGCAGGUGUAUCUAACAACAUGGCUGGCAGAGGUGAAUAUUGAUACUCAUAGGGUGGAUGAAAUAUUUGCAAUAAUUGGAGAUGAGAUGCACGUUAGCUUAUCAUGACUUCUUUUCCUAAUGAAGCGCCUUGCUAUCUGACACUAAAAUGCUUAUCCAUUGCCUUUGGACCAUCAGAGCAAACAUCUUGGCAAUCUCUUCUCAACGCAUCUAUAAGCAUACACAUGAAGCUCAGCUUCACCUCAAAUGUCUGAUCAUAAGACCAGGAAGAAGUAUCUAAUAAAGCAGAUCACAUCUUCCUUGGCGAAGUUAGUUGCUUCAUGUAUGCUGUUUGCAAACAAGGCUGCCAUGGGGACAAUCUGUUGAGAUCCUAUGACAAGAAACAUAAUCACUUAUGGCUGAUGAAUGACAGGAAAUUGAGAAAUGAAGAGAACUAUUAUUUCCUCAGAUAGUAAGAACAGGAUUUGCAUAUCCUUUUUACCUCUAUAGAAAUGCAUGAAAGGGAAAUAAUAACUUUAAUAUUAUUUUCCCAUUUUCUGCUUUCUUUAAGCCUUUAUUAAUUAUGCAUCUUUUUUUUUUCCUGUUAGCGUUCUCUGACCGUCCUAUUUCCAUAUACAAGUAGAAGUGGCAAGCUAUGCAAGUGUAUUGAUGGCAAGAUGAUCUAUUCCUUGAACUCAAUUCCUAAUUGCCUAGCAUUCAGUGUAUUGUUUUUGUCUACCAGUUGAAACAAAAAUUACUUUUCGAAAUUGAAAUUAGGAAGGCAAAUAAAAAAAAAAAAAAAAGAUAAUCGUUUGGUACU